UACAUAAAAGCGAAACUAUUGUUAUCUGCGAACAUAGUUAACUCAAACAUGCAUUGCAAAUUGAUUAUAUUGGUUCUAUUCUUGAUUGAGAUUAAUGUAUUUUGUGUGACGGCGGAAAAUAUUUAUUAUAAUGAAACGUUUUCCAUGAGAGCAUCGCGAAGAAAUCAACCGGACGUUACAUCAUUUGUACUGGUAAAUCCAAAACAGAUUCAACAUGCGGAAGUGAUAAUAAAACAUUUCUUGGCGAGAUUAACUGGACCAAUCGCUCAGCCAAUAACCCUGAGAUUGUCGUCUCCCGAUGGAGGCAGUUUGGCAAGCACAAUUAGUGAAAUAAGCAAGAUUAUACGUGCAAAAAUUAUGGAAUUUGCGCAAAUUAGCGGACUAACCGCAUCAGUUCGUCAGUAUAGGCAAACAUUAUGGAAUUCUACAGUCUCUAAAAAUUGGUUUACCGAAGGUUUUAUCCAGGGAUCGUUGCUGUUAAGCGAUCUUAUUGGAAUAGGAGAAGAGAUUCAAUCUGCGAUUAUUCAUUUCUUCAAAACAUAUAAUAUAACUUUAUACGAGGACUUAUCAGCGCGCAAGAUAACAAGAAGUUUUAAAUUUUUUAGUACUAUAAAUGAUGCCGCCAGUUUCAGUGAAAAAUUAUUUCAAUGUUUGUUAUCAGUAACAGACAGAAAAAAUAGAAAAAAUCAAACGUCAUCUUUUAAUCUCAAUCAAAUUCUUGCAAUCUUAGCAAAAGAUUCACCCGACAACACUGUGAAAUCGUUUAAGUCCCGUGUAGAUCGAGCAUUCGUCCGUUCUGCAUCAAGUAACGGCACAACCAGUGAACAAUUGUACAUGCUGCUCUGUCAUUCGCUUGUUGAAAGGGCCAGUCAUUACGGCGAUUGUAUCAAAGAGUUACAACGUUUCGUGACUUGCGUGUCAUCAUCGGGAGAUCAAGGCUCAAAUGAAGCAGUCGCUCAUCAUAGAUUUUUUGUCAAACCAUGGUUAGCCGUUAUUGAAAAUCUGAGUGGAUGUAAGAUUUAUGUCGACGAAGAUGGCAAUGCGAGCAUUCGCUGCGAUUUCCAUAGAACACUGCCGAGGACUACAGCGCGGCAAGUGAAAUAUAUUUACGAGCAAAUUUUGGAUCAACGAAUACCUAAACGAUCACCUCUUCAUCGUAUCGCGAAUGAGCUUGGGAAUGUUCUUUCGAGAAGCAGAUGGGGAAGACAAUUCACGUACGAUGUAUGCCAGUACUUUGCGAUUUAUCAGGAAGGCCACAGGAGGUUGAAUACGCUUUCGAAAAGUGCCGCUAAGGACAAGAGAGCGGCUCUGAGAUACAAGAAGAUGUUUGUAUCAUUAAAUAUAUAUAAAAAUGGAGUAUUAAGAAAAACGAUGCUUACUGUUGGAAACUUUCAUCGUUCUGCGUUAGAGAUGCAACAAUUUCUUGUUCACGGUAUUAAAAGUUCUCUUGGGGAGUCCUGGCGGUACCAUUUUAAAAUUCUCCUUUGUUUAUCUAAAUGGAUGACAAAACUUUUGGAAUUAUUUGGAUGCGCAAAUUUAAGUGAUGCAGACACCGACACGUCGACUUCUACUUAUAUUACGCCAAUUAAUAUAACAGAUUCAGAUAGCCAAAGUGAGGAAUAUGAAAAUAGAUAUCUCGUGAUAUAUUCUAAGAAAGAUCAAAUAAGAAAGGAGGCCGAUAAUAUUUUUGAAGAACUAAUGCGUUCAAUGAAUCGUAUAAGCAAAAUGCGAAACCGAAAUAACAGGAGUACUUUAGCAUGUCUUGCAAAUAAUUUGCUACUUGUCACUAUGUUCAUGGAAACAAUUAGUUUCGUUUCUACAUUAUUCUGUUUGGGAGAGCAUAAAGAUGAAUCCAAUCUCGAAGAAUUGGCGGAAGUAUGGCAACCACCUGAACAUGAACGUUAAUAAUUUUCUUUAAAAGAUUCUGUCGGAAUCGAGUUUAAAAAAAUUUCUCCAAUAACCUUUAAAG